ACUCAGGUUAAUGAUUACAGAACUGACCUACACAUAUGGGCUACACUAGACAGAGUCAGGACAAGCUGAUGGGCUAGCGUGUGACAAAGCAUCUCAGUAUACUCUGCAACAUGACCGUAGACAACAAUUCCAGUGAACUGAACAAAAUACAUUCAACGCCAAUUCCGCCCGUAACUAAAAAUGAGGAGAAAAUCCCCCCCAAAAAGGAAUCAUGCUGUGACACUCUAAAGCUGUUUCUGGCUUCUUUGUGUUUUGCCUAUUUUGCCAAAGCUUUCUCAGGAAGUUACAUGAAAAGCUCCAUUACUCAGAUUGAGAGACGUUUUGACCUUUCCUCGUCCAUCGUGGGAAUUAUUGAUGGGAGUUUCGAAUUUGGUAAUUUACUAGUGCUAGUGUUGGUCAGUUAUUUUGGAGCCAAAUUUCACCGGCCACGGAUAAUUGCUGGUGGCUGCCUUGUGAUGACAGUAGGAAGUCUGAUGACUGCUUUGCCUCAUUUUUUCAUGGGACCCUAUAAAUAUGAAUCUGUGAGUUCACAUACUGUGUCACGGAGUAAUGUUUCCCUCAGUGUUUCCCCAUGUCUGGAUAAUCAAACGUUUAUUGAAAACAGCCAAGGAGAUUGUACAAAGGAAAUAAAGUCUUACUGGUGGAUUUUCAUGUUAAUUGGAAAUAUGUUACGAGGCAUUGGAGAAACACCAAUCACCCCUUUGGGAGUUUCUUAUAUUGAUGAUUUUUCAAGACCAGAGAACACUCCUCUUUAUAUAGCAUGCCUGCAUACGGUGGCAUUAUUUGGUCCAAUGACGGGCUUUAUGCUGGGGUCCUUCUGUGCCAAACUCUACGUUGACAUUGGAUUUGUAGAUCUUGACAGUAUCACCAUCGACCCAAGAGAUACCCGUUGGGUUGGAGCCUGGUGGCUGGGAUUUCUCGUAGCUGCCGGGAUAACGCUUUUGUCGGGUAUUCCGUUUUGUUUUUUGCCCAAAAGUCUGAAAAAACAAAGUGAAGUCGAUGGGAUUAUUGAGGAAAAAAUGAAAAUUAAUGAAAAUAAGGAAGAGCCCAGUAAUUCUGAGCAGCACAGAAAACUGACAAUGAAAGGAUUUCUACUCUCAUUAAAACAGUUACUGUGCACCCCCCUGUACUCCCUCCUCCUGCUUAUGACCUUCCUUCAAAUGAACAGCUUCCUGGGGUUCAUUACGUACAAACCAAAGUACAUUGAGCAGCAAUACGGUCAGUCCAUCUCCAAGGCCAACUUUAUAACCGGGAUCUCCACCUUGCCAGCGGCUGCCCUGGGGGUCUUUUUAGGUGGUCUGAUUAUGAAGCGGUACAAGUUUGGUCUCCUCUCAGCUUCCAAGAUGUCAUUCGGAACAGGUUUUUUGGCCUUCCUCUUUUCGCUUGUGGUGUUUAUACUUGGAUGUGAAAACAGUGAUGUAGCAGGAAUUACUGUUUCAUACAAUGGGAGCCAACUGGAUGCGUUUCAGGAUCAGUUCCUCUACUCCCCCUGCAAUGCUGACUGCACGUGUUCAUUAAAACGGUGGGACCCCGUGUGCGGAGAGAACGAUGUAACGUACAUGUCUGCGUGUUUGGCUGGAUGCAAAGGAUCCGUGGGAACGGGAAAAGAGAGAGUUUAUUAUAACUGUUCAUGCAUUGAAGCAAUGGGAUUCAAGUCCAGUAAUUUCACUGCCCGUUUAGGGACGUGUCCUCGAAACGAAAUCUGCGGCAAAAUGUUUCUAUACUAUACAAUCAGCCAGGCAUUAAUCACGUUCGUGUACGCACUAGGCGGAGCGGCUGCAUAUAUCAUCGUCCUGUGGUGUGUCAGCCCAGAAUUAAAAGCCCUGGCAGUUGGAGUCUACAUGUUACUCAUCAGAGCUCUCGCUGGGAUUCCAGCCCCGAUAUAUUUUGGGGCGCUCAUAGAUAAGACAUGUUUGAAAUGGGGGACCAAGUCCUGUGGAGGAAAAGGAGCCUGCAGGAUGUAUGACGCAAGCUCAUUCAGAAACACCUUCUUGGGUCUGACGGUUGGAAUUCGCGCCCCAAUGUUUCUCGUAGCCAUUGUCUUUAUAUAUUUGGUCAAGAAGCAGAUUUCAAAGACUGCUGGAAAAAACGCCCAGGAGAAAGAAAUCCUUGAGGAUUCCGUGAAAAGUAAUAUUUACUCAAAGGACAUAAAAGACGAGGAAUCUGACGCCCUAAACUCUCAGAAGGAAUCAUGCAUGUAACCAUUACUGAUUGUCUAAUAAUCAUGCAGUUUAUAUAGUCAUAGUUCUAUAUGAUAAGAGCGCAGUUCCAAACAUGACUUGUGUACAAUAAAGGUUUGAUUUGGUAUAUAUCA